GAUCGAGUGCUAGGGAAUGGGGAAAUUAUUGGAAAACUUGAAACAUCGUGGAAUCAGUUGCUCAAUCAUGGAAAUGGGCCUUUUAGUGAGUGGUUUGCUCUUUAAUGAUUCAUGUACAUAUACUAACAUCUUGUAGAACUGUUCUUUCCACCCGUUCGUGGUGUCUGCCCUUCCCUUACGUUGAAGGCCGCUGUUGUACAUGCUUGCGACAAUCAAGACGAUGUACUGAUGGAUUACAUCGUGGACUACGAGAUUGCUCGAAACACAGAUGCGGGUCACGCACGACUUGCUGAAUAUAUGUCCAGCAAGACGGUUUCUCACCUGAACGACGCUGUGCAGCAUUUUCAGUUGGCUCUGGGCCAGUGCCCGGUCGGCCAUCCUGACCACGCAGCGGUUCUCACCAACCUCGCGUAUGCCCGCCUUGAAGGGUAUAUUAAAAAAGAUCUUCAAGACAUUGAUACUACUACCUCCCUCUUCCGCGACGCCCUUGCAUUACGUCUGCAGGGCCACCCCGAUCGUGCAUUAUCUCUUUAUCUUCUCAUUAGAGCAUUGAUCUGGCGCUUCAGCGAGGAGCCUACCGCCGUCUACAUUCAUGAAUCCGCACUACUGUGCUGUGAGCUACUGUCGCUCUGUCCAGAGGGCACCUACCUUCGUAACAUUGGCGUAGACCCAACUAACAAGCUUCUACAGUCACUCUGGACACACUUUCAACAAUGGGGUAGCAUUGAUCAUUUAGACGAGUGCAUACAACUUGGUCGUGUAGCAAUCUCUCUAUGCCCCGAGGGACAUUCUGGCCGUGAUGACUAUCUGAAUAACUUGGCCUUCUCACUCCAGUCCCGCUUCGAUCAUCAAGGGCAAUUUCAUGACCUUGACAAGGCCAUCUCUUUGCACGAAGAAGCGCUGCACCUGCGCCCUGUUGGGCACAAAUUUCGUGAUUUCUCAUUGGGAAACCUAGGAGGCGCACUCAUCGCCCGUUUCAAUUAUCAUGGUUUCGUUCGCGACAUCAACGGAGCUGUCAACCUCCGUCGCGAAGCGCUGAUGUUGCGCCCACAUGGGCAUCCACGUCGUGACACUGCGCUUAACAACCUUGCCCUUGCGCUCAAAACCAGAUAUGAAAAAUCGCGUGUCAGCGAGGAUCUUAACGAGGCCAUCAAUCUGUAUCGCGAAUCACUUCGGUUAAAGCGGCAUGACCAUCCAAAUCACCAUAUCAGUCUUUAUAGUUUGAGCUCAGCACUCUGCGCUCGUUUCACGCACACUCAGGAGAAUGAAGAUAUCGAGGAGGCCAUUCGGCUUUGCCAAGAGUCAUUGGCUAUUCUGCCCUCACUGCUACACCCAGAUAGAUAUUUCAGCUACAUGUGGCUGCAGGAGGCCUAUCUGUCCCGUUACCGGGUACAACACAAUCCGGCUGAUUUGCCACUCGCGGUAGAAAACUUCAGACUAGCAUCACGACACCCUACGCAAGGAUUUCCUGAACGCAUAAAGGAGGCUAUCGACUGGGCUCAUCAAGCAGAGGUCUAUCAACAUGAAUCUGCCCUCGAAGCAUACCAGUUGUGCCUAGAGCUUUUUGACAACCAUAUGAUCACGCGAUCAUCGAUUAUCUCACGGCGUGAUGCUGCAACCGCUUUUGGUGGUGCGCAGUCACUGCCAGUGGAUGCAGCAUCAUGUGCUAUUCGUUCUCAUGAUCUGCAACGGGCAGUCGAGCUUGUGGAGCAGGGCCGUGGCCAGCAAUGGUCGAUGUCCUCUCGACUCAGGACUCCGCUGGACGACAUCAAGUCUGCCAGUCCACCACUGGCUGACAAGCUCUCAGAGCUCAGCAUGCGCCUGUCUAGCGCUCAAGAUUCUGUGGGCAGUGUUGACCGAGCUGCUGCUGAUCUGGCAGCAACAGAGUACAGGACACUUACAAAGCAGUGGGAAGCUGCAGUGGAUGAAAUCCGCCAACUUCAAGGUUUCUCGCGGUUCCUGCUCCCGCCGUCCUACAAAGAGUUUCAAGAGGCAGCACGCCAUGGUCCAGUUAUCAUCCUCAUUGCGAGUCAAUAUUCAUGCAGCGCCAUUGUUGUCCCGAUGUCAGGAGAACCCCACCACGUUCGCUUCCCGCGCAUCACUCUCGCACAUCUGGAGAAGCUCAAACACGAUUUUGCUACGGAAAUCCGCCGCGCGGCUCAUAUGCACCCAGGGGAUAAGAGGAAGAAAUUGAAAGGGCUUUUGCGGAAAGUAUGGGAUGAGGUCAUGCUACCCAUCGUUAACAUCCUCCAGCAUGACCUGAACUUGCGGUGUCGGUCUCGAAUAUGGCUGUGUCCGACGGCAGCCUUCACGUCCAUCCCUCUUCAUGCAGCUAACCCCUUCCGAAUGAACGCAGAACGCACUGGGAAGGACCCAUGCCUGGAGGAUCUCUAUAUCUGCUCUUAUACGCCCACACUUUCAGCUCUUAUUAGAGCUCGGCAGGCGAUGAAGACGCGUGCGCCUCCGUCCUUCGCGGCGAUUGGACAAAGUGAACCAGGUGCAGGGCAAGGUGAUAUACUCCCCUUUGUCGACAGCGAGCUCGAGGUUGUGCAUAACAUUGUUUCCUCAUACGUCAAUUUCACUCAUAUUUCGGGAGACAAUGCCACACAGGCAAGCGCACUCAACGCGUUGCGAUGCAACACCUGGGUGCACCUCGCUUGUCACGGCAAGCAAGACCACGAGCAGCCUUAUAACUCACGUUUUGCCAUGAGAGAUAAACCCCUCACGCUGCUUGACAUCAUGGAAAACAAUUCUCCGCAAGCUGAAUUCACAUUCUUAUCGGUGUGUCAUACCGCCGUCGGUGAUGAGCAGACACCCGACGAAGCCAUCCACCUCGCAGCUGGACUCCAGUUUGCUGGUUUUAAGAGUGUCAUUGGCACGCUGUGGGUGGUCAAUGACGCUCUCGCAAAAUACGUUGUGGAAGCUUUCUACCAGAAGAUGUUCGAGGAUUUGAACGAUGGUGGUGGAAUGGAGUGUACGAAGGCGGCCCAGGCACUCAAUCAUGCUACAAACACUGUGAAGGAGGAGGUGCCGUUGGAGCAGAGGAUGGUUUUUAUUUAUAUUGGUGUGUAAUUCUACAUCGUAUUAUACUGUCUUCUGGUACAUUUUCACUAGGUGUCCAUGUGCGAUUCUCCUUCAUCCUGUUAUUUGUAGAAACGACCGUGAUAGUCGUGUUCCAGUAAUCUCGUAUUGUCCUCGUGUUAUUGACUUGAAUCUUCGCCAAAGUUCUUGUGUAUUCGAAUCGUUUGCAGCC